UAACGUGAAUCAGCUGCACAGACUCUGAGCACGAUUAUUUUCCCUGCAGGGCGCGUGACAGCCAGUGCGCGCGCCCGCUGACGUGUUUACGGGACAGGGGCUGCGGUUCACCGACUCGCGCGUUCAACAUGAUCUGAAGAUAUUAUGAUCGCGCUUCUUCUGUUCUCCGAGUGCGCCAUUAACGCGUGACGGACGCGUCAGUGUUGGAUGAUGUAUCGCGCGUUGUUCGCCUUCAGCUCAGCGGAGAGCAACGCGCUGCGCUUCCCCGCGGGCGAGUCUUUCCUCAUCCUCGAGCGCAGUAGCGCGCACUGGUGGCUCGCGACGCGCUGCCGCUCCGGGGAGACGGGCUACAUCCCGGCCACUUACAUAGAGAAAAUACCGGCUCCAGAGCAGGACGAGGUGCUGCUAUCCAUUGAUCGAGCGAUUGAAGCCAUUCAUAAUGUGGCCAUGACCAACGCAGGCAAAUACAACCUGGAGCAGAGAGACGUCCUGCAGAAGUUGAUCCACCACAGGAAGGAGACGCUGUCCCGCAGAAGCCCGACUCCAAGCGAACACAAGCCGAAACUCCCAGCAUCCUCCAGUGAGGUCUCCCUGAGCCGCACACCACAGCCACCCAACGGCCUGAGCCGAGCCCAGAGCUGCCGGGCCAGCGAGCCGAUGUCAGAGCGCACCACUGAUGUCCCUGCACUGUAUCAGGUUCCUCCUCAGCCUCGUAGAGCGGUGCCCGUUACUCCACCUCCUCCGGAGAAACACCGGGAGUUACGACACAUCGACCCGGAAGUGCCAACGAGCGUUUCCUCAACAAGCCCCGCCCCCAGCUCUGUACCUCCUGCUGGACCCUCUCUAUCUAUCAGCUCCGCCUCCUUAGACUCUGGCUCCUCCCACUCGGGCGUGUCCUCAGAUGUCAGUCUUCCCAGCAUCAGCAGCACUCCGCCCCCUGUGCCAAAACGAGGCAAGGCUCCGCCCCCUCCUCUGCCUGACCGAUCCCCACAGGAAGAGUCUUCGAAAAUCAGCCCAGCACCUCAACUGAUCAGCACACAGGCUCCGCCCCCUUCCGAAAAGAGGCCGGCGCCUCAGCCAAUCAGUCCACAGCCUGCUGCCGAACGCCAAUCAGACGUGGAGUGGCCACAGGCCCCGCCCUCUGUGUCUCUCAGCCCCCUCGGUAGCCCCACCCGGUCCUCAGCCGUUCCCACGACGAUCGGAGCGGAGCUGAUUGAACUGGUGCGCAAAAACACCAACCUUAGUUACGAGCUGUCGCGGGUUGCCGUGGGCGUGGUCGUGGGACACCUGCAGAGCGCCCUGCCGACAGCGGCUUCUCACCUGGAGCAGGUGCUGCUGUCAUUGGUGGAGAGUAAGGAUCAGCGGUCGGCGCUCCCGCUAGGACAGGUGUGUCACGACGAGCAGCGGCUGCAGGUGAUCUUCGGGGAUCUGGCGCGUCACCGUGACGACUCUCAGCAGCGCAGCUGGGCGCUGUACGAAGAUCACGCGCUCAUCGCGUGUUACCUGGAGGAGUUACUGCAGAUACUGACUGACGCAGAUCCUGAGGUGUGUAAGAAGAUGUGUCGUGUGAACGAGUUCGAGGCGGUUCUGUCGCUGGUGUCGUACUAUCAGAUGGAGAACCGCGUGUCGCUGCGCCUGCUGCUGCUGAAGGUGUUUGGAGCCAUGUGUGGUUUAGACCCCGCGCUGAUCUCCACACUCCUCAACUCUGUGCUGACCAUGGAGCUGGCGAGAGACCUGCAGACACACACACACGAGCAUGAGAAGAUGUGCUACGGUGCACUGCUGAUGGCCAUGGUGUUCUCCACGGGCGAGCAGAUCCCGCUGCACCACUACGAGCAUCUGAACGCCGCGUUCCUGCAGUUCCUGCUGGAUGUGAUCGAGGAUGGUUUGCCUUCCGACGCCACAGAGCAGCUGCCAGAUCUCUUCAUCAACCUGCUCCUGGCCUUCAACCUCCACCUGAGCGUGCCGGAGACUAACAUGGUGAUGCAGGCGCUGAUCAAGAGACGCAACGUGAAGAUUCUCACAGAGAAACUCUCAUUACUGCUCAACAGAGGAGAGGACCCAGUCUGUGUGUUCACACACUCUCCUCCAGCGCCUCACGCUGUGCUGAAGUUCCUGCAGGACGUGUUUUCCAGCCGUGACACGUCAGACAUCUUCUACCGCUCGGACCUGAUGGUGAUGAUCGACGUCGCAGUGAGGCAGAUCUCAGACCUGUCGCCUGGAGACCGAAUGCGGAUGGAGUAUCUGUCUCUGAUGCUCAACAUCAUGCGCUCCACUGAUUACCUGGAGCACCGGCACCGGCUGACGGACCUGCGCGCGGCGCUGCAGAGGAUCCUGGGAGAGGAGGAUUGUGGGAAGGGUCCGGGAGCCAGCGGACAGAUGGACCGACUCAUCGUGCAGCAGAUCUACCAGGAGUUUCCUCACAUCGAUCAGUGCUAAACCUGCUCGUCUCACUGCUAACCCUAACGGUGUUCAUAUCAUCCCGCUCUAUAGUGACCUUUGACCCUCGGCCAACAACGCUAACCCUCUAACGGGAGCCCUAACUAUACUCACCGGUCCGUGGAAUAUGAGUUUACAGUAUUAAUACAUUGAUCUGUGUGUUUCACUGCUAGAUGAUCUAUUUUUCCUCUUUUGGGUUUUUGUUCAGAAGGGAAACGUAACAUAAUAUAUUUUCUUAACGGUGAAAGACUAAUAAAAUGCUGCUAUCCUCCUAAUGCACCUGA